AUGAGCACGCUGACCAAAGACUGUCUGUCCGAGCACGAUCGACAAGUGUUAGAAUCUAUCUUAAAUCCGUCGCAAAUCGGUGGUGAAGAAUAUUUGCUCCAGGAGGAAGAGAAGCAUCUGGAUGAUCCGCAAGAUGUGAAUGCGGCGAAUGAUCCGCGCGUUAAAGAAUCACAGCGAAUGGAACUCGAAGCGAUCGCACUUGCAAGCGAAGGGAAACUUCCGGACGCACUGGAGCUGCUAAGCAAAUCGAUCGAAGCAGCUCCAGAACGACCUGCACCGUGGAAUAAUCGUGCUCAGGUGUACAUAUUGCUUGGGAAAGAAGAGGAAGCACUUAAGGACAUCGAGCAAGCGCUAGCUCUAUCGAACAACGCGGGCCGCACCGGUUGCCGUGCCCUUUGCCAGCGGGGCAUCUUGAAGCGGAAAAACAACAACAUCGAUGGAGCGCGGGAGGACUUUGAGGUGGCCGCUAAGCUGGGCAGCAAGUUUGCACGCACCCAGCUGAUUGAGCUGAAUCCGUUUGCGGCACUGUGCAAUCAGAUGUUGCGCGAAGUUAUGAAAAUGUGA